GUACCUGAUCUCGCCCAGCACCGGGAGGCCACACCGAGCCGGAGUUGCUUUCGAGUCACCAAUUUUGUGGUAGAUUUCGUGGCGAACGGUCCAUCUUUUCGAUUUCGCUCCCGGUUUGUGCAGAAUUUGUCGAGUGCGCAGUCAGUUGUCGAGUAAAGUUUGCCGUGAAUCACUUGUAAACGUUUUUUCCGUGUUUAACGAACUCGAUUGUUCGAAGUGUCGAGCCAACUGCUACAGCAAACAAACGAAACACGGCUUCCUCAAACAAAAGCAGCGAAACGAACGACUUCAACGUCAAGCGACGAACCCGCGUUGAACAGAUAGCGGAGUGUUUUACUUUCUGAGUAAUUGCUCAUGAGCGGUGGUCAUCGGUAGUGUUCGAUGUUCGAUAUACGCAAUAGUUCCGUUGUCAAAGCGGUGUGAUCGUGUGUCGUGUCAAUUUCGUUUCGAUAUAAAAUGAUGCCCCACAACGGUGGCGCCCAAACAGAUCGCAGCAGUGCAGUGGGAAAUCUGCCGCAUCGAUGGUGUUUUCGCGAGUGUCUCUCAUGAAAGCGUUUCUACCGUGAGGAGAGUUACGUGAAGAUUUAAGUAGUGUUCAUCGAAAAAAAAACGAGCCAGUCAAAAGAAAGCACCAACCCGUUCCGUUCUCUGAAGGGAAAAAGCAAAAAGAGGGUGAGAAAAGAAAAAAGAAAGAAGAGCAAAUGGUGGUAAAGCAUAUGGUGCAGCCCAGUGAUGCAAGUUCGCGUUUUGCGUUCGGUGAUAAUAAUAAUGUGUAGCACCUCACCAGUUACUGCCCUGCCGCCAGCAGGAAGCGUGUACUAACGAGCCGCAAUCAGUCCUGCCCGUCCGGAUCGUGUGGAUCGCAUAUCGCGCGGUAAAUCGCGGGACCCACGACGAACGACGACGGGGCUUGUUGCGGGAAAAAAAAGGAUUUAUUGUCCCCAAUCGUGAUCGGCAAACAACCUGGUCCCCUCCCCUCUUGGGGUUCGCCAUCCAGCCGGCCCACACCCAACUGUUUGCUUUACCCAGUGCCCAACGUGAGUGUGCGUAUGAACGUAUGUGUUUGUGUGUGCGGUGUGUGUAUGUGAGUUUGUUUAUGUGGCUUCGAGGAAGCGGUUCACAUCGGGUCCCGGAAUCGUGAUUGUGCUCAGCAUUGUGCCGAUCCGGGUGCUUUACACUCUUGCUGUUCGUCUUCCCUGUUCGAGGGCCGCGCAAUGCACACGAGCCGGGCGCAAAAAAGUAUGAAGUAAAAAUAAUCCUUGCCCAACUGCCCCGGCCACUGCAGCUGCUUCCACUGGCACUGCGGAAUUGAUGCGUGAUUUUUGGUGUGUCCUGUGUGUCCCAUCGGGGAUCGCAAGUGCGGAGGAGUUCGUGUUUCUUGGGGUCUCGUUUGGAAGUUGUUCGUGUGUGUGUUUUUUUUUAGUGUUGCUUUUUUAUAUUUCGCUCGGCAAACGAGCGACCCCCGUUCAGGAAAAGGGAUUCUGUAGGGAGAGUUUAUCGCGCACAAAUAAAUCAAUUAUUAUAAGCUCAAUACGGAAGAAGAAGCAAACGAAAUACGGUGCAACCGAAAAUCGGUGAAGAAGAGCGACAGUGAUCGAGAGUGUGAUGCGAUCGAGUGGUUAGGAUCGUGGGUGAAAAACGUCCAAAACAUAACAACAACAACGGAAAAGCAAACGAACCGAAAGUCGCCAUCAUUAUUACGGGUUCUUGUUUGUGAGUGUGGGUGUGUGCGUUUUUGUGUUUUUCGGAAAAUCACUGUGAAGAAGCGCAAGCGUGUGGAUUUGCAGUGUAAUAAAACUUCACAUCGUGUACCAAAACGGUGGUAAACGCUUAAACGUUUCUAGUGUGAAUUAUCACUGCGUGUGACCGCUCGAUCAACAACGGAAAGAUCAAUUACGCGUAAGGAAAUCUAAACACACGCGAACGAACAAAAGUACAGCAACACAUAAACAAAACAGUUCGUCCAUUAUUGGCCCGGUGGUGUUUGUUGCAAAGGUGGGUGUAGUUGCUGUUUGCCGUUUGUUUGCGGAAAAUGUUUGACGUGCGCACCGUCGAAUCGGGUGCCUGUUGUGAUCAAGAGCGUGAUAGUGGCGACAGCGCAAUGUCAAUGACCGCGCGAAGACGGCGCGCCUUCCAGCGGCAGGCCUGUCUACUGAGCGUUCUGGCUGCGUUUUCACUUGGGCUGGCGCUCGGUGUAUUUGUGCCACUGAUCGGUAUUUCGCAAGCCGCAACCAAGGGUGCGAUAGUAGUGGACGGGCAGGGUAGCAGCCAGGUGAUGGAACCGCAGCCCACAUUACAAACCCUGCAUCAUCCCGCACACCAGAUGCCUCAUUUUCCGACAAUCGACGAUAUCCGGUCGGACGAUGGUCCAAGGGGCCGGUACGCGUCGGUGUCGUUUAUCGCGGAGGAGAAGCUCGGUGCGGACGGUGAGGUAAUCUUUCAUCCCAAGCUGGACCCAGACAGUUUGAUCGACAGGAAGCUGCCAUCGCCGGCCGCCUCGAUCGUGGAGCAAAUGUUAGCCGGAAGUGCGAAGGUACCGUCCGCACCGGUUCUGGAACGCCGUGAAUCGCGAGCGAGCAAGCUGGAGGAGCUCAGCCGCGAAGAUGUGGAGGGCGUGAUACGGGACGGUAUCUUUUGGGGUGCGAGUGUAGAGCGUGCCCUACCGGUUGGCUUCGAUCGGCGACAGAGCGAAUCCUGGGCCCGGUAUCUGCGGGAAGCGGAGGUAGAACGGUUGGAGAUCGGAUGUGGACGUAUGCAGAACCGUUUGCUGGUGUUCCGGGAUGGUACGCGCGCCUGUGCCCGCUAUCGUCAAAACACCGACCAGAUUCAGGGUGAACUGUUUUCGUUCUACCUCGGGCAGCUGCUUAACCUUACCAACCUCGCACCGAGCGCGGCUUCCAUCAUUGAUCCGGAGGCGCGCUUGUGGGCGGCAGCGACGGAAGAGCUGGCCGGCGCCCAGUGGAAACCCACCAAGCCAGUAGUCAUCACCAAGUGGAUCGGUAAUCUCGAACCUGCCGGCAUCCCGCACCCAUUCCGACCACUGGAGCGUCACCUAAACCGAUUCGAUGUGCGCAACAUAACCGAGGGACUUGAUCGACCCCGGGACGGUGUGAGACGGUUGCUGCUCGAUCGGCUCGGUACGGCCCGAGACAUACCCGCGGGGACGGGCGCAACACCAUCCGCUACCGGCCCGUUGCCAUCACAGCCACCUACGCCCGAGGUGCUCGAACGGUUGGUGGAGUUGGCUCAAUGGUCCGACCUGAUCGUGUUCGACUACCUGAUCGCUAACCUGGACCGGGUCGUCAACAAUCUGUACAACUUCCAGUGGAACGCGGACAUCAUGGCGGCACCGGCGCACAACCUUGCCCGCCAAACCGACUCGGCACUGCUCGUCUUUCUCGACAACGAGUCGGGAUUGCUGCACGGUUACCGGCUGCUGAAGAAAUAUGAAGCCUACCAUGGUUUGCUGCUGGACAAUCUGUGCGUGUUCCGGCGGUCGACGGUACAGGCGCUCGAAGCGUUGCGCGAUGCGAGCGUCGGCCAGCGGCUUAAUGCACUAUUCGAGCGUACGACGACGGCGCAGAUACGCGACGUGUUGCCACCGCUGCCGGAAAAAUCCGUCAAGAUUCUAGUCGACCGCAUCGAUCGGGUGCUCGGGCAGGUGCAGAAGUGUCGGGAAACGUUCGCCAUUUCCCGAUAGCCAAUCGGGAACGCAUGGUUGGGGUGGCGGCAACGGUGAUCAACACCGGCGCGACAAAAGACUGUGAGUCCUUGUGAGCGGUGGGAAUUUAUUAUUAUUAUUAUUAUUUGCUAAUUUAGUAGUUGGUUGUUUUGCGUUUUUUGACUAUGCUGUACAGUUAAUUAUAAAAUGUACGUUUAUCAUACGCGUAGGUAGGAUGAAAGAUAAGGAAAGUGGAAAAAAAUCGAAAACAAACAAAAACAAAAUCAGAAUAACAAUUAAAAACAAUCAAUCGAGGGAGAUAAUGAACAUGAAUAUUGCACGAAACAAAAACAUUAAAUAGUGAAAGAUAUAGUGCAAGAACAAUUGAAAAUUUAAAUGACACAAAAGCAAGAACAAUUCCACUCAAACAGAUACACCUACUUAUUCGAGGUAACGCGAGAUCACACCCUUCGUCCAAAUUGGAAUAGUUGACAGAAACGCUCAUUGUUUGUGCACAAACAUUUGAUGAUAGAUUUUGUGUAAUUAUAAACUCCAAUUUCAUUCCAACGUGAUCUGCAAUAUGCUAAAGAGUGUUCCGUACAGCUAUCUUCUUUGUUUAACACUCGCUUCACACGUUUUUUGUACGCUUUUUUCCUAAUCUCUUUUUUUAUUUUUUAUUCAUUUAUUCUACUGCAAACUGACCUCGCCUUCCCUGAGUACCGUAAGGCAUCAGUUGAAGAGCUGUCUCAGCAGAGGAACUUCAUAUGAACGUACGAGUUCGCCUACUGCGAACCGAACACAAGCGUUCCGCUUGGAGAACAAAACCGAAAGCUCCGCAUUAAAGGACCUCCUGGUGUGGCUGUUAAAUAGAAAUUCUCAAAAACCCCGAUCACACGGUACGGAGGUAUGGGUUUUCGCCGUUUCUCUUUUACACACACUCAAUGUAAAGCCUCACACACACACACGCAUACGCACACAAACAGGUCCACUGAUUCAGUUAUCCACUUCCCGAUCGUUCGUGGUUGUGGGUAGCAAACGAAAGACUUGAACGCGUGUUGUUGCGGAAGCGAGGAACCCUCGCUAGAAUUUUGUGCCUUCUAUUUCGCAUUGCCCGCGCACAAACGGAUCGAUCAAAUCAAACGCAAUCGAAUUACACGCCAAUAGGAGCGUAAUCAAGCGUCAUGCGGCCGCGCAGAUUGAUUCGCACAGAUAGAAUAGAGCUGGAAAAUUGGAUCGAUUGAAUCGCGCUUGAUUCGAUGCUGUAAAGGGUUCGCUGUCUAGCCGGUGAUUUGGUUUUUAUCUUCCCGGUGGAAGAUCUGAUGGAGGGAUUGUUGCUGUUGUUGGAUACAUUCUACACAACUACAGCAACAGCAGCCAUCUUGUCAGCGCUUUGCUCAUUGGUGCUUCCUGCCGACAGCAGCGUGUGCUGCAUAAUUGUUACAUGCAAUUUUCGUGGCUCAUUCGUGGCUUCAUCAUUCUUAAGACGUUUAGAAGCCAGCGCAGUAGUGGUACCAAGCUUUUGCAUGGAUGCCAAAAAUUUCGUGUGCAAGCGCAUUACCCUCCCGGCAAACCGGGAUGAGCGGGGUGGAAACUUCAACCCACCCCUUGCCAGUGUCGUCGGUUCGGUAGAAUAUUUCAAUUUUCUCACCUCACCCUGGGUACCGUGCGGUUCACAUGGUGGGAAAAAUAUUGUUUCUGCUCGCGUUCGCUAGUGGAACCCAUUGCAAUUGUCCCUUUGCGUGAUGUACCAUCGGCAAAAAAGGUACAAGUGACCGGAGUCAAGGAAGCGGGUGUCGCGUUUUUAAAACAAUUACCCGUAGUCCUCCGCCCGAAACCAAACCAAACCUGACCCGGACACGAUAUGAUAGCUCCCAAAACUCCAGAGGAAAGGGGGAAAAAAAACGCAAACAUACACACAUACACACAAACACUUACUACCCAGCCAGACAUUCAAACAGCACACGAUCCCUCGGCCGGGAAAGGGAUCUCUUUCUUUUGCCUUUUUCCUGUCUUUUAGCGCGAAGUCCUGCCCGCCCCGAAAACUGACCACGACAUGGCCGUUGCAUUGAAUAACCCCCGUUGGCUGUUCGAGGUCGUUUUACCAAGUGGCCUUUCGUCCAGCCGCUUCCUCCCCCUCCCUCCCACCGCGCUUUUUUGCCACAGAAAGAUCGCACGUUCCCUUCGUAUGCACUUCUUUAAAGCCGUCCGAAACUUCCAUCGGUUGUUGAUACUGUUGUUGUUUCUUGGUGCUGAAGUUAUUGUAACUGUGGCGGUUGCUGCUGUUAACUGUAGCUUCCUGCCUCGUGGGGUCUGCCGUGCCAUGAUACUCUCCCCCGUCAAUUAGUGAGCGCCCGAAUGCGCUCUAAUCCUCUAACCGCGUACACAACACAACCUACACCCCGGACGCCACACAACAACAACAACUAAAAAACUGAAACAAAAACAGAAAAAAACACAUACAAACCUUUCGCUUAAGACGGUUUUCUCAGCAAACCCUAUCCGACCGCCCAAACCCGGCUCAUAAUCUCGUGUGCGAUAUUUUCGCAUUUUAGCUUAUGCUUUAUGAAACUUAUCUUACCUUGCGCUUGUUCCCCUCUCCCCAAUUUCAUCACCCGUACACCUUCCCUUUCUUGCCUGCCUCCCACGAGAUGGGAAGGGUCCCACGUUGUGGGCAAACCGGCCGGUAUGCCCUUUGGCAGGGAAAAGAAGGAAGUUUGUGGCAACGAAGGAAAGAAAAAAAAAUGUUGGCCCUACACAAACUGAAGGUAAAGCGCUGUGUGUGUGUGUCUGUGUGCCCGAAUCGCCCUGUGUCCCGUGGACACGCAUGGGUCCCCGGCGCAUUGGGUUUCGAACCCGGGCUUCGGUCCGCUUGCUUCGUCGAGCGUAAUCUCGCGCAAAUACUUCGCAUCGAGCCUAAUAUGCGCGAUACCGUACCGUGCUACAACAAUUGACUACUGACCGGGGAACGGUGUGUAGGAGGGAGGAUGGGCAGUAAGGAGCGAGGAUGUGCUUUUCUCCUGGUACUGGUACCGACGAUGAUGACGACGACGAUGCCGCGGUAAUCGUGGCUAACCUCGCGAGAUAGACUGAUGAGCCCCAGGGAGCGAAGAAUUUUUGUGCAACGAAUAUCCGUACGCUCCUUGAGCCGCGAUGCCGUUCAUUCUUCUUUGGGGUGGCGGGUUUUUGUUGUUGUUGCUGCUGUUGUAAUCCUGCCCGAUUCCACAGAAGCAUAUCAGAACACACGAUAUAAUGCAGCGUAUAACCAGCAUACUGUGGGUGGUGUUGGAAAGUAUUGCUUGUAAUAUGAGCCCUUAUUUGCACUUAAUAGAAUAGACUUUUACAUACUGAGCUCAUAUUUUGUCUGAUAAUCAAGAUUAAUUUGGUUCUACAUCUUUCAUCAAUAAGAGUUUUUCUAACCAAUCCUACAGACAUUUUAAAAUCUUCUAAAAUUAUCUAACAGAAUCAUAUCAGACAAAAGCAACUUGUUGAACUAUUUCACUUAAACAAUCAAUAAAUUUGAGCGGACGACAAACAGGGAUUAAACGAUUCUACUGUACCAACGCCAGAUGGUAAAAUCGUUUUUUACGGUUUUGGGGAUAUUCCAGCAAUGAUUUUUAUGAUGCCAUCGCGACAGGAAGAAUCCUGCAGAGUAGGAAAAAUGUUUGAUGUGCAGAUGCAGCACACACGAACGCUUUUCGACACUCGCUCGCCAGACCGGGAAGCAAAGGGAAACCAUAUCACCCGAAACCCCAUCAUUCAGCGGCUUAAAAGAUACAGGAAAGCGAUGCGCUUUUUUCCCCGUAUCAUGUAGCCAUACCAUGGGUGGGUGGUUCUUGGUAUGUGUACGUGUGUAUAAAACUGAGUAGCAAACGAACGGGAUCCCGAGCGUUCUCAGAUCAAGCGUCCUCGAAUAAGGUGGUGAGAAUAGCAGGCAGGCAAGAAAAAAAAACAGAAACAACGAGACAAUAAUAAAGAAAAGAACAACAAAACAGCACGACAGGAACAAGGAGGGGGGGAAAACAUAACAAAAAUAAAAUAAAAGAACACGACAAGACGACAAACCCGGCGUGGAAAAUGUGGAAAAAUUGUGAUCUACUAUAUAUAAAGUAAUUUAUCUUAAAUUUAUCUAGUAAAAAGCUAAGUAAAAACAAUAAAUUUACCUUGAAACGAGUCGUCGGUUCGUCGCUUGCUGCCACGUCCGGUCUCCUGCUGUCCCUUGCGACUGCACAUGCAUACGUGCAGUAUCGCAGCAGAAACAAAGGGCCACCGGUUCGGUUCCGGAACUUGGGACGGCGGAAAGGAAAGGAAGCGAGGACGACACCGACGAUGAAGGAGCAGAACGAGCGUGCCGUUCUUAUCACGACCUUUUAGCAAUGAUGAAGCAUCACGAAGGUAUCUUCUGACCCCCGCCAUUACCCCGACCCGUUGCUUCUUCUCGCUCCUCCUUUGCCUUUGCUCCUCUCCUCUGAUCCUAUACCACCGGUAAUCCGCCUACCAGCCACCCAACACCUCCAUUUCCCUUUUGCACAUCGCGAUCAUUGUGGCAUCCCCGUCGGGAUUAAAAGGCGAUUUUGAAGGCAGUUUUGCUGCCUUAAAAUCCGUUGCGAUUCCCCAUGUCCCUGCACCUUCCCUGCACCGAAGCAUGAUACCUUCCGGUUGAUGUUGCUUUGUUUUUAAUUUUUCCUUUAUAGUUUAUUUUCGAUACUGCACCACCCGCCGAUGCAUCAGUGCCGGCGAUGAUGGUAGGCGGCCGUGUCGCUACUUAUCUGCACGUUGAACGUACGCUCCGAAGCAUCGUGUUUGUCGAUGGAGGGUUUAUAUUUUUAUUUUUUUGUUUUUGGACGGCUUAGAACGGAUUAAGAAAGCACCGGCAGACCGGACGGCACACAUGUGCGGUAAAGCCCGCACAUCAGGAUCGUUUCAGGAAUGGUAUGUUAAGCGAUAGUGCGGUGCAAAAGGUGUAGAGAAUCGCGUAACCGCGUUGAACAAUUGUAUCAUAGGUCAGCAUUAAGGGAAGGGCAGGAUGGAAGGGAUGGGAUGGAGCGUAAAUGAGCGGUGACUGUAGGUAGGCAGGAAGGUAUCCGUUUGUUGUGAAAUGUGUGUAAAUAGUUAGUCAUUUAAACCAGGUGCCAGCAGUAAGUCAGAAUCGUCGUGCAUCGAAAGGGGUCUAUCCGGGGGUGGUUCAGCUGGCUCAGUUUUGUAAAAGCAAAAGUAAACCCGUGAACCGAGCUGGAGCACCCGAAGGAAUAUCCCGUCUAGCAGCGACCUAGAAGCGACAAACCUAGGAGAUGUGUCUGCGUAUCGUGUAGCGGAAGUUGUAUAAAGUAGAAGCGCAACAAUCUUGUACCAAAAAUUGUGAAUGUUUGUGAAUAAAGCGUAAAAAAAUCACGGAGGUUUUCGGGUUUGGAAAACCACCGACAGUGACACGGGCACACGGUGUGGCUCGUUAGAAAUGAAAUGCAAA